AUGGCCUCGGCCGCCUCUGUGACCAGCCUGGAAGACGAGGUCAGCCCCAUCUGCCAAGGCACCCUGAGGGAGCCGGUCACCGUCGCCUGUGGCCACAACUUCUGCCGCAGCUGCCUCGCCCACCACUGCGAGAUCCCGGGCCCAGACCCCGAGGUCCCCACCUGCCCUCUCUGCGAGGACCCCUUCCGCCGCAGCUUCCCGCCCAACGGGCAGCCGGCCAGCGAGGUGGAGAACACCCAGCGCCUCCGGCCGGCGUCCCCGCCGGGCUGGGAAGAGGAGGUCUGCCGGGAGCGCGGGGAGAUCCACUCCUGCCAGGACGACGAGGCGCAGCCGUGCGCGGUGUGCCGGGAGGACGCGGCUCCCCACAGGGAACAAAUAGAAAAAUGUCUCAAGUGCCUAAGAAAAGAGAGAGAGGAGAUUCAAGAAAUCCAGUCCAGGGAAAAGAAGAGAAUGCAAGUCCUGCUGGUGUCCAGCAAGAGACAACAGGUGAUUUCCGAGUUUGCACAUCUGACCCAGUUCCUGGAGGAGCAGCAGAGCAUCCUCUUGGUGCAGCUGGGGAGCCUGGGUGGGGACAUCUUGAAGCAACAGGAUGAGUUUGAUUCCCUGGUCGCUGGGGAGACCUGCAGGUUUAGUGCUCUGGUGGAAGAGCUGGAGGAGAAGGAGAGGCCGGCAGGGCAGCUCCUGACGGGGAGGCCUGACCCCGCCUCGCCUGGUGUCAGAAGCACUCUGAUAGGAUGUGAAAGCAGAAAGUGCCGGGAACCAGCGGCUGUGUCUGCGGAGCUGGGCCUGAGGAUCUGAGACUUGGGGCCGCAGGCACGCCCGCUGCGCAGGGAGGCCGAGCUGUCUCUGGAAAAUCUCUGCUCUGAGCCGGACUGUGAGCCAGCUCACGUCUCUCUAGACCCUCGCGCUUCCCACCCCAAGCUCCUCUGGUCUGAGGACGGCCAGCGCGCCCAGCUCUCCUGCGAGCGGCAGAACUCGCGGCAGCCCCGGCGUUUUGGCCGGGCCACCUGUGUCCUGGCGCGCGAUGGCUCCGCGGGGGGCAGGCACACGUGGGUGGUGCGUGGGGACCGGGCCCGGGGCAGCGGCACCCUGGGGGUGGCGGGCGAGGACGCGCGGCGGAAGGGGCGCUGCGGCUGGGCCACAGGACGGCGUGUGGCGGUGGGGCUGGCCUGGGGCUUCGUCGCGGCUCUGGGCUCCUUCCCUGUGGGGCUGGCGCUGGCGGAACCGCCCCGGCAGGUGCGGGUGUCUCUCGACUGCGAGGUGGGCUGGGUGACCUUCGCCAAUGCUGUCACAGAGCCCAUCUACACCGUCACUGCCGCCUUCACUCGGAAGCUCUUUCCCUUCUUUGGGCUCUGGGGCCGGGUCCAGUUUCUCCCCCGGCUCCUGAGAAGGCACAGUCCCCCCACUAAGUCCAGGGCGCAAAUCAGGCACCGUGUGGACGUGGUCCCUGGGAGAGCUGGAGUGGAA